CAUCAAUAAAUGUAUAUUUUAUUGCUAUAUCUCCCUUUAUUAUUAAUAGGGUAGGAAGUUCAAAUCUAUAUUGAAGAUGACAGUGAUUAAUAUACAGUUUAUGAUAAUAACAAAAUAUAAUUUGAAUUCCUUCCUGAAAAUCUAAAUCAAGGAAUGACAUGCAAACCUCCAAGAUCUUUUGGUGUUACAAAUUAGAGAGAUGUAAUUGGAUAUUCUAAUUAAACCUUAAAAAUAGUUAACAACGAUAUUGUUACAUAUAAAGUUUUAGUUAAUCAAAAAGCAGAUAAAAAUACAAACAUGUAUUUUUUAUAUAUUUAUAAAGAGAACUCUCUCAACAUAAGUACUUUCAGAUGAUGAUGCACUCACACCUAAAGAUUAGCUUAGUUUUUUACUUUCUUAAAAGUGUCCCUAAAAAUAUGAACUUACAGGUGAAAAUUAUUGGACUUCAAUCAAAGUCAUUGUUAACUUAAUUGAAGCAAAUUAAGAAACUCCUAAGGAGAUAGAAUUCGCUAUGAUAUUUUCAUGUGAUAAAUCAUUCAGAUAACUUACAUUUGAUUGGAGUCUUCCUAUAUUACUUGUUAUUUCAACUAUUUUAAUUGCAUUUUUAGCAAAAUAUACAAGAAUCCUUUCAUUUCGAUGGAAAAGAAAUGGAUAAGAUUUUUAAGGAUUUGAAAUUAACUUUAUAGUUAUUUGUAUUUACAUAUUAGCCUAUGCAGCUGGAGGUAUUUUGGUUGUAGCUUUAGAUUAUUAAGAUAUCAUUAAUUAUUUCUUUAUUAUAAUAGCUUGUUCAAUUGGUACAUUAGCUGUCUUCUUUGUUACUGCUGAAGUAUUACAUUCAUAAUUACAUUAGUUAUCCUAUCUAUUUAAAGCUAGUUCUUUUGUAAGAUAAUAUUACUUAAUCUUUUCAUCUAUUAUAUCCUUAAUGAUUGGAUUACCAUAUUAUUUUUUAAAACCUUGGUACUUGAGUGACAUAAUUUCAUUAGCAUUUAUUUUCCUUAUUGUAAAAUUCUUUAGACUUAAAAAUCUGAAGAAUGCAGCUAUUAUGAUGUUAGCCAAUAUUAUUUUGGAUUCAACUUUUGCUAUUGCAAUACAUUACACAUAAGUUGAAUCAUACAAUACUGCUGUAUUGUAAUAUUUAAACUGCCCUCUUGAAUUACAAUUACCAUUAAUGAAAUUGCAAUAUAAUAAAAAUUGUGCUUGGAUUUCAUUGUUUAGUUAAGCUAUACCAGGAUUGUUCCUAAGUCUAGCCUAUAGAAUAGAUAAAAGUAAAAGAACCUUUACUUAUGGACUUUCUGGAUUCUUAUCAUUAAUAGCAGCUGAAGGUUUAUGGAUUUUGACCACUGUAUCUGUGAAACAUUCAAUACCUGAAACUGUUUUUACUUAUCCAGUUUUAUUAAUCGUUUUGUGUGUCAAUUCUUUGAGAAGAGCAGAAUUUAAAUCUUUUUUAUAUGGGGAUUAUUUAAUUGAUUAAAGUCAUUAUAGAUUGAGAGGAGAAAGUUAUGAAAAUUUUAGAGCACCUUAAUCAUUGUUGAAUAUGGAAAGUAUUCCUGAUAGUAAAAUUUAACCAACAGAUUUAUGA